AUGAAUUCCUACCUACUCAACAGGGCCCUCGGGUCUGUCGCGCCGCAAGUGUUUCAUGUCGCGCAGACCGAGCGGUUGGUUCACAGUCUGGAGCCGGCGCCGGGGAUCCGCUUCUCCAGUCGCAGAGCCGCACCGUCCGAUCGGCUUCGAGAUGACACAACCUCGACCCCGAAUAACUCAGCUGGUGAAGAUUUCGCGCACAAGUCAGGCGUGACUUGCCUGGCGAUCGAUCAGUUCGAGGGGCGGUAUAUGGUCUCUGGGGGCGCCGACCCCUCCAUUCGCUUAUGGGAUCUCGAGAACAGAGGCUCGGAGCCUGAACAUAUCUACCGAGCCUGUGCGUCCGUCAGCAAACCCUCUCACAGUAACGCACACACACACGCUAUCACCUCCCUUUCCAUCUACCCAUUCGACCCGAUCCCGUCCACCAUCUUCUCGACCUCGCAUGACCGGACAUUGAAAUGGUCCGCAUUACACUCGCCUGAUAUUCCUCCGAUACAUACGUUCAAUCUCGACUGCACACCGUACGCGCAUUCGUUUUCGACUGUGCCGUCAUCUUUACUGCUAGUGGCAGUUGCGACAUCAGAACGAUCCGUCCGAUUGGUAGACUUGCGGUCAGGAUUGGCAACACAUGGACUACCGGGACAUAAUGGGGCCGUGCUCUCGGUGGAAUGGGCACCACACAACCCCUACCUGCUCGCAUCGGGAUCGGUGGACAACAGGGUCAUCAUGUUUGAUGUCCGAAAGGGUGGGCAUAACUCGGCGAUCGCAACAUUUGACAUGGAUGACCCGGUCGGACUAGUGCCUCCGGGAGCUGGCCAGGUCCCAGCAUCCUACCAACCACGUCCAGCCUUUUCACCGGUUUCCCGUGCACACAAUGGUCCUGUGACGGGUGUGCGAUGGACUUCAGAUAGCAAAUACAUUGUCACUACAGGACAAGACUCCCGGAUCCGAGUAUGGGAUACUGCAAGUGGUGCUAACACUCUGGUUCAUUUUGGCCCGCGGGUCAGAAACAGCACUUCAUCCCAUCUGGCAGAGCGGGCGCCGUUGAUUGUACCCAAGCAGAUCAUGACUACUGGCCAUGAGACUCUUCUCUGGCCGAACUUCAAUGACCAGGAUGACCGGGGCGAGAUUCUGAUGCUCGAGCUUCGCGAGGGAACAUUCGUCAAGCGCCUUCGAGUACCAGGAGUAGCGACUACCUCCCGGGCUCGUGGUCUAUCAACUGCACUCAGCGCCGCUCGUAUCAACGAUCUAGCCUGGCGUGGAAACGGCGCUACGGGCGCAGGCAUUGAGCUUUUCUCCGCCCAUGGCGACGGUACCAUUCGAACCUGGGCUUCCCAUGAUCCUGACGCUGAGCCCGACGAAGAGGAAGAAGCCGCAGAGGCCAGUCGAAAGAGGAAACGAGAUGUCCUUGAAGAUAUCUAUAAGGGAUUUGUAGGAGCUGAAACAGGAAUAUCGUAUACCUGA